AUGGGUUUAUCAAUUUCAAAACUUCUUCAAGGUCUCUUCGGUAAGAAAGAGAUGCGCAUUUUGAUGGUGGGUUUGGAUGCUGCUGGUAAAACCACCAUUUUGUAUAAACUCAAGUUAGGUGAAAUUGUUACCACCAUUCCUACUAUUGGUUUCAAUGUUGAGACAGUAGAAUAUAAAAAUAUUUCUUUUACUGUUUGGGAUGUUGGAGGUCAAGAUAAAAUACGGCCACUUUGGCGUCAUUAUUUCCAAAAUACACAAGGUAUUAUAUUUGUAGUUGACUCAAAUGAUCGAGAACGUAUUUCAGAGGCAAGAGAAGAACUUCAACGUAUGCUUAAUGAAGAUGAACUUAGAGAUGCACUUUUGUUGGUAUUUGCCAAUAAACAAGAUUUACCUAAUGCAAUGAAUGCGGCAGAAAUUACUGAUAAACUUGGACUCCAUUCUCUUCGACAACGUCAUUGGUAUAUCCAAGCUACAUGUGCUACAAGUGGCGAUGGUCUUUAUGAAGGAUUGGAAUGGUUAAUCGAUGAAUACACUGGAUAUUUAAGAAAAGGAAAAUCUUGUGUUUAUGAUAAGAUUAGGGAUGACACUUUUAGAACUUUGGCUACUGAUCAAAGGUUUCUGACAAAAGUUAAUGAAGAAAUGUUAAUUCAAAUCACAUAUGUUCAAGGAAUGAAUGUAUUAGCAGCACCUUUCUUAUUUGUGAUGCCAGAAUUAGAUGCAUUUUAUUCAUUUUCAGCGUUUAUUCAACAUUUUUGUCCAUUAUAUGUCACACCUAAUUUAGAAGGUUUGUUGGAUAAAUGCCUAGAAAUUAUUGAUUCAAAUUUAUUCAUUUAUUUAAAAUCGAAAAAUCUUACGGCUGAAAUUUAUGCAUUUCCAUUAUUGAAACUUUGGGAUUUUUUAUUUGCUUAUGGGGUACACUUGAAUAUUUUAUGUGUUAUUGCUCAACUUGUGUUAAUGAGAAAUCAAUUAUUGGAAUCUCCAAGUCCAAUGAAUUUAUUAAGAAAAAUGCCAGAAUUAAAAGCAAAGCCAAUAAUAAAUUUAACAUUACAACUUGUUCAUCAAAUACCAAAGGAUUUGUAUGAUUUAUUAGUUAGACAUCCAAUUGAAUUUAGUGAAAUUUGA